AUGGAGAACCAAAGACCCCCUAAAAGGCCGAAGCUCCGAUGGGACGUCUCGAUGCGCCAAGUUCUGUGUUGCAUUUACCGAUUCUUCCGAUGUGAGAAGAAAGCGAAAGAGGAGAUCUUUUUCUUCAUGUUCCGAGAAAAAUUGAGAAACCGUGGUAUUAGACGGUUUGUUCCAGAUAGCACACUCCACACACAAUGGAUCUGGAUGAGAAACACUGGUGACUUUGUCUGGGCUCAUGUCCACCGGGACACCGAAUUCAACAUGGACGGACAAUGGAAGAACAUCAUCCAGCGAAUCAAAUCUACCGCACUCACUUUGCGUCUUCCUCUUCCCGAGAAGAAAGAAGAUGAUAUCGACACAACUCAAUGGGGGACGCGAGUGACAAUGGCGUUGAGACCGAGAACUGAGUCCCCCCAACAGACACCCCACCACAUGCCAUUUCCACUGCGCCAGCGAAUGGCAGAGGAAAGGAGUCAUUAUUUUACCGAAAGUGAGGGCCAAACCAGUGACAGCAGUACACUGAGUGUUUGCCACAGCAAAGAAUCGAUCGACCAGCUGAUACAGACCGACCACCCGGGGCAGCACGAUCAUCUGGAGAAAAUCGACCCAGUGAGAAAGGGCGAGCCGGUUGUUACUAGCCAUGGGAAGACUUGUCUCUGGUGCGGCCAUGGAUUAACUAUUGACGAGGUGGAUGGUACCGAUGACCAGAUCACUACGAGCGAUGAUCCGGCGGAAAACAACCACUAUUACCAAAGCCAGCAGUCCGGAGAUCAACACCAAGAACACUCAGAAAUUCAAGGAGACUAUGAACAUCAAGAACAUCCAUUUGGCGACCAGCAAAAUCACGACGAGGGCCAAAAUCACCUCCACCGUCAACGCCGCCACGUCGACCAUGAUCUGGCAAUGCAAGGAGUUCCCAGGGACAAAAUGCCACCGUUGCUGUUUCGGUGGUCGAACCGUGACUCACAAGGAGUGAAUUCGAAAACACACUUUCUCGCCGGACUGUUUUGCGAGUCUGAAUGGUUUGACCCGGAAGACGUGUCCGAGAGACGCUUUGAAAGCUUCUUCAGAAGUCAUGUCACUAAGGAGAAGGUUAAGACUCCCCUGAUUUCUACCUUUCGGUCUCCCCUAGCGCCUUUUCACCGUGCGCUUGCUGGUCAGAACGGUGCCAUAGUGACCGUUAUCGAGACCUCAAAGUUGGACACAAAAGUAUUCUACGCUCAUCCGCUUGCAGUUCGGACUAAGACUUUAGUACUCAACGGCUGGCAGGGGUAUGGGGAGUACGUUAUCUGGGGCCAGAUCCCAACCGAGGCAAUUGCUUUCAGCGUGGAUAUCAUCAGUCUCCAAGAAAUUGCACAGAAACACCAUGACAUCAAUCGUUUGAUGCAGGUUCCACUCAUCUGUAGCGUUCCACGCUGCGAUGAGCAGUUGCGCUCCACGUUGGCGCUGAAAAGGAAGUCGCCUUUUCCAUCUGGUCGAACGCUUGCAAAGCUGCUGACUCUUCUCCAAGUUCCAGCGAUUUACUGGGAUAAUUUGUCGAUUGAAUUUUGCAAGGCGUGGGGAUGGAGACAUGGAAAAGAAAUCGCCCUUUUCCUCAACGGAGUUCGCAGUUCACCACCCUAUCUGCCUGAGGAAUUGAGUGAUUCCGAGAGUGAGGGCCCAUGGCUCACACCGCGAAAAAGACCUGGCCAGUCCCACCAAUGGAUGGACUUUGAAUGUGUUUUUGACGUAGAUUACGAGCCGCCCGAGACCGAUGAGGAAUCAGGAAGUACCUCCAAUUCGGAAGACAUGGCCGAAUCUCGAUCCAUGUCCAUUUGCGACAUGACGGAGACUGCUGAUGAUGGCAAUUUCUCAACACAUGAGACGAUGUCCAGUGGAAUUUUCUCGGAGUAUGAGGUACAGCAUCAAAAGGUGAUUGAUCUCACCUCCGACAACGAAGAGACUGGUUCCCAACAUGCAUUGCAGCUGGAUUGGCCGUCGGAUGAUGAGCCGUCCAUGUAUCAAGAGACACCCACGAAGAUCCGGCCACCACAAUCGGGGCAGAGGACCGGACAUUGGCUCGUACUAAAUGGCGAGAUGGAUAUGGACUUCUUCGAGAAGUUCCGGCACUCGUCUGACAGAUGA